UUUGCGCAUCUCCAAAUCGCAAAUUGUUUCUCCCAGCUCUCCAGCAGAGCGCAGUUUUAAUGUCUCUACCCGGGAGAAAGCUUUCAUAGUCAUGCUCGAGCGACGACGCUCCAUCUGAGAUUCUUGUAUUUACAAAAAGGAAAAGGAAAAAAAUUUUAAAAAAAUGGAACAGCUCUCCAAACCAGAGAGCAAAAAUAUGGAUGCGUGUCUGAGGCGACUGAAGCAAGAACUGCUGUCUAUGAAAGAAGCCGGGGAUGGCCUCCACGCUCAGAUGAAUUCAAUGAUGGGAGCCCUCCAGGAACUCAAGCUCCUUCAGGUUCAGACAGCGCUAGAAAACCUUGACAUUUCAGGUCGGCCCAUUAACCGAGGGAUCCCACAUCCUGCUACGCCAGCUCCUCCGGACGCAUCAGCAGCUGCAGCAGCUUCAGCUUCAGAAAAGGAUCACGGGUCCUGCUUUAACCAAAUCCUGCCAGUGGAACCCAGUCCGAGCCCAAUGUCAAGUCCACAGCCGUCUUUGGCGAGUAGAAACACCUUCAGCCGAGAUGACAACAGCCCAUCUCGAAACAGAAGCAGCCUGAGAACCUCGUCUUCCUCGGCGUCCAGUCUGGAGAGUGAGAGCGAAGGGACCUCAAGAACUGCAAGAAGUGAGAACGACCUUGAGUCAAUACCCAGGAGGUGGUCAGGAUACACCGCCCCUCAGGUGGACUUCUAUGGACCAAUGGUGGGAAACCCUCCACCGGAGCCCUACCCUCAGACGCAGGCCCCCCACCGUGCUCAGGUGGUGGACCUGCCUGGCAUCCUGUAUAGCCUCUCCAGAGAGGGUCCUUCACUGGACAGCGACUACUCCCAGGACAGCACAGAUGACGCAAGCGACUGGACCUCUUCACUCAUGAGUCGCAGCCGCAACCGUCAACCCUUGGUACUGGGCGACAACGUCUUCGCCGACCUGGUGGGCAACUGGCUGGACCUGCCCGAGGUAGAGAGGGAGGAGGUGGAAGAAGAGGAGAGGAGGAAGAGGAGAGAGGAGAGGAUGGCAGAUGGAGGAGUGGACAGACCGGACACCCCAGCUCACCCUCUCCGUCUCAGCCGCUCACAGGAGAUCUGCAGGAAGUUCUCGCUGACCACAAACAUCUUCAAGAAGUUCCUGCGCAGCGUCCGGCCCGACAGGGACAAGCUGCUCAAGGAGAGGCCCGGUUGGAUGGCUCCUGAGCUGCCAGAGGGCGACCUCUUCAAAAGGCCCAAGAAACUGGUUCCUAAAAGUUCAAAGGGCAGCUUCUACCUGCCAUUCUGGGCAAAUGGACAGCAGGGCAAAGGCAGGCCGUGUCUAUCUGAAGCAGAAAGGAACCAACAGCACCAUCAACACCAUCAGCAAAACUUCCCCCAGUUCCACCAGCAACCAUUUGCAGGGAUUUAUUUAGACAGGAGACAGCCAGAGACUGGUCUGGAGAAAAUGCAGCCCUUGUUUGACUACAACACAGCUGUGUGGGUCUGACAGUGAGUCUCAGGCCAACAGCCCGCCAGUGAUGCCAGACUGAGUGAGUGACAGGUGCUGGGGGAUUUGGAGGGGAGUGAAUGAAUGAAUGCACGAACGAAUGACUGAGAGGCUUGGAUACAGUUAUCUUCCAAAAAUGAACCGAUACACCCGCAACACGAUUCUCCUGCGACUGAGAGAUUAUCAGGGCAACAUUUUGUCUGACAAUCCUAGAAACCGAAACCUUGUUUGCCGUGUGUGUCUGGGCUUGUGAGUGUGUGCUGGAGAGUGUCUGAGACAUAGUUAAAGAGAGAGUUUUUUUGAGGAUUUAUGCUGCAGGUUUUUGUAUUAUUCUAAUGUCUUUAUGCGUGUAUGCAUGUAUGACUGGUUUCUCUGGUUGUCUUAAAAGACGGUACUUAAAAAAAAAAAAAAA